CAGCCAGUGUCGGGCUGUCAGUGCGCUUGCGCGAGAGCUGGGCGCCGAGGUUCUUGACUGAGCUCCGCUGGUCUGUGCUGAGUAGCCAUGCAGAAAACCGAUUCGGAGCGCCCCUCCAAGCGGUCCCGGUGCGAUGAUAGUAGCCCAAGAACGCCGCCAAACACCCUUUCCGCAGCGGAGGAAAGGUCCCCGGGUUCCCGACUCCCCGCCGACCGCAGGACCUGGGACUCGGAGCAGGUGUGCAGCUUCCUGCAGCUCAAUGGCUUCAAGGAUCCUGCACUGCUGGACCGCAUCCGAGAAAAGAAAAUCACAGGUUCAUUACUGCCCUGUCUUGAUGAGUCUCAUCUUGAUAAUCUUGGAAUAGGUUCCUUGUGGGAGAGAAGGAAGCUGCUUAAUUGUAUCAGACUGAGUAAAACUUGUGUUGAUGCAGUGAAGGUAAUUAAUGAUCCUAUCCAUGGCCAUAUUGAAUUUCACCCUCUCCUUAUCAAAAUCAUCGACACACCUCAAUUUCAGCGGCUUCGAUACAUUAAACAAUUGGGAGGUGCUUACUAUGUUUUUCCAGGAGCUUCACACAAUCGAUUUGAACAUAGUCUAGGUGUAGGGUAUCUAGCAGGACGUCUAGUUCGAGAACUGAGUGAAAAACAACCAGAGCUGCACAUAAGUGAACGAGAUAUACUUUGUGUUCAGAUUGCUGGGCUUUGCCAUGAUCUCGGUCAUGGGCCAUUUUCUCAUAUGUUUGAUGGAAGAUUUAUUCCACUUGCUCGCCGAGAUGUGAAAUGGAAGCAUGAACAGGGCUCAGUUGAUAUGUUUGAGCACCUCGUCAAUUCUAAUGAUCUCAAACCUGUCAUGGAAUACUAUGGUCUCAUCCCUGAAGAAGAUAUUUGCUUUAUCAAGGAACAAAUUGCAGGACCACCGGACUCACCAAUAAAAAAUGAAUCGUGGCCAUAUAAAGGCCGUCCUAAAGAGAAAAACUUCCUUUAUGAAAUAGUGGCCAAUAAAAGAAAUGGCAUUGAUGUGGACAAAUGGGAUUAUUUUGCCAGGGACUGCCAUCAUCUUGGAAUUCAAAAUAGUUUUGAUUAUAAACGCUUUAUUAAGUUUGCCCGUGUCUGUGAAGUAGGAGAUAGGACGCAUAUUUGUAUUAGAAAUCAGGAGAUUUGGAAUCUGUAUGACAUGUUCCAUACACGCAACUCUUUACACCGUAGAGCUUAUCAACACAAAGUUGGCAACAUCAUUGAUAUGAUGAUUACCGAUGCUUUCCUCAAAGCAGACCCCUACAUAGAGCUUACAGGUGCUGAAGGAAAAAAAUACCACCUUUCUACAGCAAUUAAUGACAUGGAAGCCUUCACUAAGCUAACAGAUAAUAUUUUUCUGGAGAUUUUAUACUCUACUGAUCCCAAAUUGGAUGCUGCACGAGAGAUUUUAAAAAAAAUUGAACGCCGUAAUCUAUACAAGUUUGUAGGUGAGACCCAGCCAGACAAACAAAGAAUUAACAAGGAAGACUGUAAACAGUUUCCAAAUGAGGUUGCCAAUGCCAAACCUAAUGAGGUGUUUCUAGAAGCUGAACUGAAGCCUGAGGAUUUCAUAGUGGAUGUUAUCAACAUGGAUUAUGGAAUGGAAGACAAGAAUCCUGUUGAUAAUGUUUGCUUCUAUUGUAAGGCUGAUGUCAACAAGACCAUCAAGAUUAGUAAAGAUCAGGCUUCACAGAUUUUGCCAAAGAAAUUUGAAGAGCAGCUAAUUCGAGUAUAUUGUAAGAAGACGGAUAAAAAGAGUUUCACUGCUGCACAACAACAUUUUGUUAAUUGGUGCCUAAUCAAAAAUUUCACCAAGCCACAGGAUGGCGAUAUUAUAGCCCCAUUUGUAACACCUCAAAAAAAGGAGUGGAACUCCUCGUGUCAAGAGUCACCCAAACCCCGAGUCGCGCUUUUUCAAAAUAAGUAAAUGUGAAUGUCUGCGAUCAUUGUCUAUAAAAAUCCCUCAUCUCCAGCGCAAUUAAUUCAUUGAGGGAAUUUGCUCACAGAGUUCUAAAAUUUUAAUAACAGCUAGUUUUUUUUUACUUUAUGUUUUGAAUGUAUACUUAUGCUGAAGCUAAAUAAUUUUUAUUCAAAGAAACGAAAAGGUAGUAGGCAAAUCUUGCUAUACUUGCCAUGAAAAACAUUACCUUGCCUAUAUUUACUAUUAAUUAAAGCCUUUCUCUUUUAGUAGUCUAUUUUCUUAGAACAAUAAUUCUUUUAUAUACUCUGAAUGUUUGUGACAUAUGAUUGUUUUUAAAAAAGGAAAUUGGAAAUGAUACAAGGGUGCCCAUUGGAAUUUGAAGUUGGGAUUGUCAUGAACAGCCAUGGUUAAAAACCGAACAUCAAGUCCUAGCCCCCAGAGGAAGUGUCACUCUGAGGACAGCUUGCCUUAAGUGACCUAAACAUUAGUGAAAGACACUUUCCCUCACCCUUUUAGCCGAGUUGGGGUAAACAGCAGGAGAUGAGAACGAGGGGUAGGCUCCGACUCUUCAGUGAAAAGCCUGAUUGAACCUGGGGGCUCUGGCCUCUGACGUGGAACAUAAAAUACCUUUUAGGUAACCCUACCCUUAGUGGCAAGGGAUCCCCCAAACCAGCCUGUUCUCUGGGUCGGUUGUGGCUCCAGACCCAGCAGUUCCUUUCUCUCCUGAAUACUCACGGCCCAGCCUGGAAGAGGAGGCUCCCCUCUGACCUGCUCCCUGCAUCUCGGGAGCUGAGCAGAGGCUGUCACAAGAACCCUGCCCAGGGCUGCCAGAGCUGGGACUUUGUGCUGGUUCCGUGCAUUUUAUGGUUUCAAAGCAGACUGAGUGGCCCGUGCUGAGGUGAGUGAUUACCCAGUGAAUUCCAGGGUCCCCUUUGUAAAUGGAUUUCUUUACCUCCAGCCAUGGAGUGGACACCACUGUGGUUGAGCAGCGCUCCUGUGCUGAGCACUACCUCCCCCCCGACCCCCACCCCACCCCCACAUUGUCAGUUCUACAAAAAUUCACCAAGAGCAAAGUCUGGAGUUAGAGCCAAAGCCAGUGGCAGCCAGAGGGUCCUGAGGAUGUAAGGUAGUGAGGAGUCAUUUUUGUCGUGAGCUCCCAACCUCUUACGGGGAGCCAGCCCUGGCUCUGGGCCAGAGUGAGUGGAGGAAGGGGAGAACUCAGAACACAGGCCAGCAGAUGAUCCCAGCUCUUAGCAGGGCUACCACCUCCCACUGUAUAGCCAGGUUCUGUCUACACUAGGGUGAAAAGUAUUUGGAAUGUCUGUCUGUAUUGUCUCCACUCCAUCCUCCACCCCUCAGCAGAUAAUCAAGAGUUGACCCUAAUUAAUAGGAGAAAGAUAAAACCCUGCUUUGGCGCCCACUGUGAUGCCAUGUAGGUGGGGAUGUGUUGCCACGUGGGCUCAGAGAAACACAGGUGGAGUCAGCGUGGUGCCGCGUCAUUCCUGUUUUGACCAAGGUGCCUCUAACACAUUCAGUGGGGAGAACUUGAGGCCUCAGAUUUCAUGUACCCAAAUCCAUGGUUAAGAAUGUAAUGUUUUUCUGCUGCGACUUUUAUUUCUGCAACUCCGACCUUGAUUGAAGUCACUGUGAUUUACUUUGGAAUUGUGUAGUCCCGGUCCUGUAUCAUUGUGCUGAGAAAUAACUUGAAUCUGUUGCGUGUAAAGAAACUGCACUUUAUGCUUUUUACAAUUGUUUUAAUGAUGAAAACUAUGUAUCAUUUACAAGGUUAGAUUUAUUUUAAAAAACAUCUUCACUGUAUAAAAAUGGGAAUUUUAACAGCUUAGCCUCUGGAGUUAAUGUUAUCACCUUGAGACUAUAAACAGAACUGCAAGUUUAAAUGACUGGUUACUUAAUUUGGGUGAGGGAAAUACUUGCAAUAAAGUGU